CAAUGUCUUUGGUAGGUUUGUCUCGCCCCUCGAUUGCCCUGUAUGCCUCUCACAAAGUUUUUAAACGUAACCAUCCCGUGUAUUGGAGUCCGCCCAGAGUUCUAAAAUACUCUCAAAACGCGGAGUCAUUUCUCAGCGGGUCAAAUGCCAAUUUUCUGGAGGCCCAAUACUUGGAUUGGUCUAAGACUAAAGGAAGCAUAGAUCCUUCGUGGGACAAUUUCUACAACAGCGUAUCGGGGCCGCAACUGCAAAUUGAGGAAUUCGAAAAUGACUUCAGCCCAACGACCGUCAAGCCAAAAGAUGGCAAAACGUCUAGCGCGAAAAACCAAGAAGAUACAAAGAAGAAGAUAAAGUUACAUUUAGCGGUCCAACAACUCAUACGCAGCUACCAGGCACGCGGACAUCUCUUAGCGAAAGUGGAUCCACUAAACCUGAUGAUACCUGCGCAGAUGAUUUACAAAUUCAGAAAGACUGAGAGGGGCGACACGGGUUUGAAGAGCCCUAUCGUGGCGCGCGAGCUCGGCACCAGUCUGAAAGAAGAACACAUGGACAUGGUGUUUGAGCUCCCAGAGAGAACAUCCAUCGGUGGCUCUGAGAAUGCAUUAACGUUAAGGGAAAUAAUAAGGCGUCUAGAAUACGUGUACUGCGGCCCGCUGGGCAUCGAGUACAUGCACCUGUUCGACGUGGACGCCGUGCAGUUCAUCCGCGACCGGAUCGAGAAGCCUGGCUCCUACGACCACACGGUCGAGGAGAAGCGGCUCAUCAUGAGGAGGCUCACUAAGGCUGUCUUCCUUGAAAAAUACUUCGCAACAAAAUGGCCGGCGGAGAAACGUUUCGGUCUAGAAGGAGGCGAGAGCAUGAUCGCGAUGCUGGAAGAAAUCGUAGACACCGCCACUAGACUUGGCGUGCAAUCUAUUAUUAUUGGCAUGCAACACAGAGGGCGAUUGAACAUGCUGGUGAAUGUUUGUCGGAAACAGCUCACAGAUAUCUUCGCACAGUUCAAACCUAUGGAGCCAAAAGAGCCGGGAUCCGGUGACAUCAAGUACCACUUGGGCACAUAUAUCCACCGCUUCAUCCGACGAACGAACAAGUACAUCAAGGUGUCCAUGAGCGCCAACCCCUCCCAUUUAGAGGUGGUCGGGCCCGUGGUCGCUGGGAAGACUAAAGCCGAGCAGUUUUGGAAGGGAGACUCCAAUGGGGAUAAGACAAUGGCUAUCAUAAUGCACGGAGACGCAGCUUUUUCGGGCCAAGGCGUGGUAUACGAAACGAUGCACCAGACCAGCCUGCCAGGAUUCACCACCCACGGCUCCAUACACAUAGUGUGCAACAACCAGAUCGGCUACACCACCGAGCCACGGUUCUCGAGGAGCUCGCCUUACUGCUCAGACCUCGCCAAAUGCGUUGACGCUCCUUGCAUCCACGUAAACGGAGAUGACGCAGAGGCAGUCGUGAAAUCCGCUCGAAUCGCCAUCGAGUACCGCUGCAAGUUCAAGAAGGACAUAGUGCUCGACCUGGUCUGCUACCGGCGGUUCGGACACAGUGAGGAGGACGAGCCUAUGUACACGCAGCCUUUCAUGUACAAGAAGAUUAAAACUAUGAAGACAGUGGAUCAAGUGUACCGCGACAAGCUAAAAGCUGAAGGAACAGUUGGCGACGCGGACAUCAAGAAAUGGGAGAAGGAAUACACGGACACGCUGAACCAGCACUUCGAGCUAGCCAAGAAGAUCACCAAGCUCAGCAUCAUGGACUGGGUCGAUACGCCCUGGACGGGCUUCUUUGAAGCCGUGGAUCCCAACAAGAUCCAACCGACCGGGAUCAGUCAAACGUCUAUCAACACCAUAGCCAACCAUUACUGCAAACCACCUGAACCUUGGGCGUUUGAGCUCCACAAGGGUAUCGUCAGGAUCCUGCAGAACAGGGAGAAACAGGUGAAAGAAGGUAUAGCAGAUUGGGCAAUGGGAGAAGCGCUCGCUUACGGUUCUUUGCUCCGAGACCAGAUUCAUAUCCGCUUUUCUGGAGAAGACGUGGAGAGAGGCACCAUGGCACACAGACAUCACGUGCUACACCACCAAGGCGUAGAUGGAGCCACUCACCGCGUCUUCGACUUUCUCUACCCCGACCAGGCCGCGUAUAGUUUGCACAACAGCUCGCUGUCUGAGUUUGGAAUUUUGGGUUUCGAAGCAGGCUACUCAUACUCCAGCCCCCGCCUGCUCACAAUAUGGGAGGCGCAGUACGGAGACUUCGCCGACACGGCGCAGCCAGUCUUCGACACGUUCAUUGCCAACGCGGAGAGCAAGUGGAUCUGCCAGUCGGGGCUUGUCGUCCAGCUGCCUCAUGGGAUCGAUGGAGCUGGUCCUGAACAUUCGUCAGGUCGCCCGGAACGCUAUUUGCUGCAAGCUGAUGAUGAUAUGGAUCACAUCCCCAAUCUAGACGACAAAGAUCUAGUCUUGAAACAACUUCGCGCCUGCAACUGGAUCGUGUGCAACAUCACAACGCCAGCCAACUACUUCCACAUGAUCCGGCGACAGAUCGCCAUGCCCUUCCGUAAGCCGGUCAUCAUCUUCACGCCGAAGGUCGGGCUCAAGCACCCAUUCUACCGCUCGCCGUUUAAGGACUUCCUGCCGAACACAACCUUUCAGAGGGCGAUCAUCGAAAGCGGUCCGGCAAGCAAGAAGCCCGAUGGCGUCAAGAAGCUGAUCUUCUGCUCGGGCAAGGUGGCCAUCACCAUCGACGAGCUGCGGAAGGAGAAGAAGAUGGAAGACCAGAUCGCCAUGUGCCGUAUAGAACAGAUUUACCCGUUCCCCUACGAUAUUGUUCUUCAGGAGUUCUGCCGCUACCAAAAGGCCCGCAUCUGUUACUGCCAAGAGGAGCACAAGAACCAAGGCCCAUGGAUUUACAUCAAGCCUCGCAUAGAGAAUCUUCUGGGGAAGAAAGUAGAAAUAAUUUCCCGGCCAUCAAGCGCUGCAUCGGCGACGGGCAUCAAGUGGAUGCAUGCGAAAGAGCUGAAGGAACUUAAAGAGAAAAUUAUUGCGUAGCAACAUUUUGUGAAUCUGUUAUGAUGUCAAUUUUCAAACCGUUUAGUAUAAUAAAUUAAUUCAGUUGUUUCAUCCAUAUUUAUGUUUGUGUCUUCUCUACACCGGCUUUGGCAGGUCAGCUUUUUAGUCGACAAACUUAAAUAAAAAAGGAUUGAU